AUGGCGUCAAUUCUCACCACAUCCAAGCGACAAUUCGCGUUUAACAGGGCUGACCAUGGCGGUUCCUUCUUGCGCCCAUCCACCAUCCUUGAAACCCGCAAAGCAUUCAAAGAGGGCACUAUCGAUGCAGCGACCUUGCGACAAACAGAAGAUGCACAAAUUACUGAACUCAUCGAGCAGGAGAGGGCGGUGGGCAUAAAGAGCUUCUCAGAUGGCGAGUUUCGCCGGGAAUACUUUCACCUCGACUUUAUCGAAAACCUCGAAGGCAUUAGGAUCAGCAGCAACCCGCUCACGGGGGACAAAGACACUGCGACCUUACCGACAAUCUCGGUCGUUGGGAGGAUAAAACACGUGAAGCCUAUCCAACUUAAAGAUUUCCAAUUUCUUCAAGCCCGGAUCGACUCGAGCAAAAAGGAAGUAGUCAAAGUCGCGAUUCCCUCACCAACGAUGGUGCACUUUCGCGGCGGCCGGUCAGCCGUCAGUUUCGAAGCUUAUCCCAACCUCGACGAGUUCUUUGAGGAUCUGGCGGAGGCUUAUCGGACCGAAAUCAAAAUUCUUGCCAAUGCUGGGUGCAAGUACCUCCAGCUUGACGAUACAAAUUUAGCCUAUCUCUGCGAUCUGAAGAUGCGCGAGGCGGCUGCUGGGCGGGGAGAAGAUCUCAACACACUUCCCAGGCAGUACGCAGAACUGAUAAAUUCGGCGCUGAGAGAUAGACCUGCUGGAAUGACUGUCGGCAUCCAUCUGUGUCGUGGAAACUUCCGGAGCAGACAUUUUGCCGAAGGUGGCUAUGAACCCAUCGCCCAAGUUUUGUUCCAGCUCCUCAAUGUUGAUGUCUACUUCCUGGAGUUUGAUACGGAACGCGCCGGAACUUUUGAACCAUUGCGGUUCUUACCGAAAGGCGAGAAGGUGGUUAUGCUUGGGUUGAUCAGUUCGAAAAUUCCGCAAUUGGAGGACAAAGAGAUGAUUAAAGCACGGAUCGCGGAGGCAGCAAAGUAUGCGCCAUUAGAGCAGUUAGCGCUUUCACCGCAAUGUGGAUUUUCAAGCACCAUCCACGGCAACGAGAUCACCAUCGCCGACCAAUGGGCCAAAAUGAGGUUAGUUAGAGAGAUCGCGACAGAGGUUUGGGGGUCUUCUUGA